CUGCAGUUAUAUAAUUCGAUUCAACUUAUAUUCAACUUUAUUGUCAUUGUGCAGAGUACAAGUACAAAGCCAACGAAAUUGGCUGCCGUUUGGCCUUUUCAGUCUCUAGCUUGACAGCAGACCCUUUAUCUAUAUGCAUUAACAUCAAUACACCAUGUGGCAGACAACUCAUGUCAAGUCUAUGUAUAAAGACCUUUAAAAACAACACCAGUUGACCAAAGUGCUGUAGUAUAAUUGGAGGUUCAAUAAAUUAUCUAUCUAUCUAUCUGUGUCUAUCUAUCUAAAAAUACAAUACAAUGUGGAUCACUUUGACAGAUUUUGUAAGGCAUGUCCAAACAUUGUGAAUGUUCAUUGAUCUGAAUGUAGUCUAAUCAUUUUCAAUGUUCAUUUGUUCUGGAUGUAAUCUUUGAGUAAACUACUUUGCUUUACACAUGCAUGAGACUACACUAACCAAUCAGAAUCAUUCUGUCACUUCAAGGCUCCUCCCUCUGAUUCGUGUGAGAGCAGGUGAACAAUAGGCUCAAUCAUUUGGCCAGAGAUGACCAACCCACACCUCAGACUGGAGAUCUGAAAGACUGAAGGAAGAAUUUUGCAGGACUCAGGACUCUACAUUCCAUUAGGACUCAGGAUUCUACAUUCCAUCAGGACUCAGGAUUCUACUUUUCAUCAGGACUUGGACUCUACUUUCCAUCAGGACAUCAUUGUUAGGGGUCAUCACAUACUUUACAGUGAGCUUAGAAAAUGGCCUCCAAGCGUUUUUUCUCUGAAGAGGAUUUCUCUUGUCCUGUGUGUCAGGACAUCUUCAAGGAUCCUGUCAUCAUGACAUGUAGUCACAGUGUGUGUAAAGUCUGUCUGCAGCAGUUCUGGGAAACUAAAGGACACCAAGAAUGUCCUAUAUGCAGGAAAAGAUUCACAAAUUCAAAUCCGCAGCUUAACUUGAACCUAAAGAACUUGUGUGAGACCUACUUACAGCAGAGAAGUCACAGAGCUUCAGCAGGGUCUGAGGUGCUCUGCAGUCUGCACAGUGAGAAACUCAAGCUCUUCUGUCUGGAGGAUAAACAGCCUGUGUGUCUGGUGUGUAGAGACUCAAGGGAACAUAAGAAUCACAACUUUAGUCCUGUUGUUGAGGUUACACGUGAUUAUAAGGAGCAACUGAGGACAGAGAUGGCCAAGCUGAAAGAAAAGAUGAAGAAACAUAAAGAAACUAAACUAACCAGUGAUGAAACAGCAAAACACAUUAAGACACAGGCCCUAAACACAGAGAAGCAGAUCAAGGAGCAGUUUGCGCAGCUUCACCAGUUUCUACGAGAUGAAGAGGCAGCCAGGAUAGCUGCACUGAGGGAGGAAGAGGAGCAGAAGAGUCAGAUGAUGAAGGAGAAGAUUGAGAAGAUGUACAGGGAGAUCGCAUCUCUCUCAAUCACAAUCACAGACAUAGAGGAGCAGAUAAAUGCUGAUGAUAUCACAUUCCUGCAGAGCUACAAGAGCACAGUGGAAAGAGCCCAGUGCACACUGCAGGAUCCAGAGAGGGUUCCAGGAGCUCUGAUCAAUGUGGCAAAGCACCUGGACAACCUGAAGUUCAGUGUCUGGGAGAAGAUGAGGAAGAUUGUUCAGUGCACUCCUGUGACUCUGGAUCCCCUAAGUGCCCACCCAGAUCUCCUCCUGUCUGAGGAUCUGACUAGUGUGAGAUAUAUGAGUAAGAAUAUAUUUAGGUUUGAUAAGUAUCACAGUGUGGUGGGCUCUGAGGGCUUCAAUACAGGGACUCACUGCUGGGAUGUGGAGGUUGGAGAUUGCCCAAGGUGGACUGUGGGUGUGAUGAUGAGUUUUGCCCAAAAAUUUGGAGACUAUGUCACUUUGAAUGGACGCUUGUACAUGUGGUAUAAGGAUGACCAUUAUGGAGUAGGUCAUUCAGGCACCCAAACGCCCUACACUCUCCUUAAAGUGAAGCAGAAACUCCAGAGGAUCAGAGUGCAGCUGGACUGUGACAGAGAAGAGCUGUCAUUCUAUGACCUUGAUAAUAACAUACACCUACACACUCUCUCUAGACUCUGCGCACCUACACACCAUUUUUCCAGAUACCACGAGAAAGCGUUUCCAUACUUUAAUCUGGGCUGUGUUAACUCCUCUCUGAGGAUCCUACCAGUGAGUCCUCAGCACUGAUGGAGCUGAUGGUGUCUCUGACUGGACUCUCAUAAGGCCAGUAGGUGUGAUGAUGAGAGGGGAGGUCAGAUAGGACAGGAGGUCACAUAGGUCAGGAGGUCACAUAGGACAGGAGGGGGUCAGGAGGUCAGAUAGGGCCAGGUGAUGAAUAUUGUGGAUGUGUCUUGUUGAACUGUCUGGAAUGAGUGAUAUGGGCCUUUGUUGUAGUGGUGAACAGGGUUUAGUUAUAUUAGAUUAUGAGGGAAUAGUAGGUUAGAGUUCUCAACGGGCCUGAAAAUUACAACCCGACCCGACCCGGCCCGUGGCUUUUAAAGCCCGGACCCGAUGUAACCCAACACAUCAACAUGAAUUAUCUGCCCCAACCUGGCCCGUGGCCCGACCUAAAACAUACGUUUUGACUGUUAAACCCUGACUUUAUUUACGUGAAGAUUCAACACAUUAGCGUGACAAUUUACU